UCACUUAAGGAUUGACACAUCUUCAUUACGCACUCAUUGUUGAAGUCAUGUACUUCGUGCUUGGCUUUUUCUAUUUACUGCUGUUGGUCGAGGGAAUCAGUGAAAAUAAAUUCAGGUGCAAAAAACGCUUCAGCCUUGAUUGCCAACUACGAAAAAUAAAAUGGUUCUACAAUCCCAUAGCGGCUAUGUGUUUGCAGAGACUGACUUGUAGACACGGUUUUACUUAUCGAACGGAUUGCGAACGCCAUUGCAUUGACCCUCGCAAACGGGAAAGUGAAGAACCAGCUAAGUCGCUUGCGGAACUUCAAAGGAUAUUAGAUCAGCUUAACGGAAAAUACAAGCAAAAGACGAAGCCUCCAAGGCCACCCAGGGCAACCAGGUCAACCAGGUCAACCAGGCCAACCAGACCAACCACCAAGAAAACCAAACCUUCACCAACUGUUUCCAGAACUGUUACAACUCCAGUUCCCGUUGCUUCUGAGAACCCAGAGGAGCUUACAAUAAAGGACCCUCUUGAAGUAUUGGAUCCUAGUAAUUUAAAUUUGCCUAGUGUAGUUACCCAAAAGGCUACUAAGAAAACUACACAAUCCAAAAAAAUGGUGCCAUAUACGACUACAACUACUACGCGGGAGAAGGGCAUUCUUGAAAAAGUCAUUGAGAAACCAAAACAAAUAUAUGAACAACUAAACAAAUGGGGUUCACAUUAAUUCACCUGUAGAAGUAAUAAACAGAAAAUGCUUCAAAACCUUAA